UUCUAAUCAAUCGCUCACCUCCAGGCAUCACAAUACUGGACAAACGUCAUCUCUUCAACAUAACACCUACGCAAACCUCGAGCAUUGCGAUCCUAUACAGCAGCACUUGAUGCCAGCGACAAUGCGGAACCAGCACCGCCUGGCCUCGGACCCCACGACUUGACGAUCCUCUGCAGUGGAGGGCUAUACAUCCGAUCUUACCUUACAGCAAAAGCUCCGCCUCGUUACCGCAAUGAACACAUCUGAAAAGCGCCGUCCAGGCCCCGGCACCUCACCUGCCCAUACCUUGCGCACCGGCGCCUCGAGCAACAAUCGCAACAGCAUGCCUGCUAUGCCUCCCCGAGCUGCCAUGGCCUCCAAUGCCAACGCGAACCCCGAAGAGACCCUUGACACUACCGGCGGUGCCCCGCUCAAAGAGAAGGAGAACGCAGUGACAGGCAGCGGGAGCACGAAGGAAAAGGACCGUGAUAAGGAACGCAAAGAAAGGAGAGAGAAGAGGGAGAAGAAAGAGAGGGAACGGGAACUUGAGGCUGCGCUGAAAGAGAAGGAUGAGAGGAUUGCGUAUCUGGAGAAGGAGAUGGGGAUCAUGGAGCGAGAGUUCCAUCGCGAACUGGACAAGCUGAGCCAGAACGAAAGCGAAACAGCGACAUUUUGGCAAGCGAAGCAUAGUGCCUUGAACCAGCAAUAUCUACGGACGGAUACUGAAUUACGACUUUUACGUGCUGAGGUUGAAGUGCGAGAAGGCGAACGGGAAGAGCUUCGAGAGGGUUGGGAGGUUCUACGACGAGAGCUCAAAGAGCGAGAUGAUGAGAUUCGAGGUCUAAGAGGACAAGUGCGUGGUCUCAAAGAGUGGGUGAGUAAUAGCACAAGGACAGAUGGGCAAGAAUGCGAUGAGGUGUUUGGUGAUGGAAUGGCUCGGCUGGGCAAUGGUCUUCAGAACUGGGUUAUUGUGAACUUUCGUAAGGCCAAGAUAAAUCUGGAGAAUCUGGAUGAAGCAACGCUGGCUGAGGUCAAUGACCUUGUGCCUAUGUACGAGGAGCUUGCAUCGACACAUAAAGUUUACCUCUUGCAAUCGAUUGUAUCAAAGAUACUAGUCGAGAUGGUCUUUGACGCCUAUUUUGUCGGUCUGUCAGAAGAGCAAACACAACAGUUUCGGCAGCUGGAAAAGCUUGUUUCUUCAUAUGCUGAUUCUGAUGAAGCCAUUAACCAAUGGCGCUCCUCUACCCUUUCACUUCUCCGGCGAGAUGGCUCAUCUCUUAAAGAAUCUACAUCAUCCGUCACAGAAGCUAUCCUAAGCAGAAUAACACGUAUUCUCGACGCUCUAUGUGGCACAUCACCAUCCGAGGCUCGAGAUAGUGGGCUACGAGUUCUUGUCAACAACUCAAUCGAGCUUGCGCGCCUUGUCGCUGUUCAAAAGGCCGUCCUGCGUGUGAAUAUGCCCACGGUCUUACCACACCAGAGGGUCAUGUUUGAGUCAGAGACAAUGGAAGACUUGGGUGGUGAGGAUGAAGAGUCUCUGACCGGGAGGGAGAUCUGCUGUGUUGCUUUCCCUGGGGUGAUAAAGCAUGGCGAUGAGCAUGGUGGACAUUUGCAAUAUCGCAAUGUCAUUCUAAAGGCAAGGGUGCUGUGUAGCCCUGAAGAAGGUUGACAACACUAGCUUCCAUCUUAUCAAGCCAAAGGCCUCGAUGACGGUCUUGGUUGCUGGGCGAUCUAUAAAGCCCAAUACCGGCAUUUGCAUAUAUACUCUUGCAUCUAACAUUUCGGCAAGGUCGCAUUCCACACGACAUACUAUCAGAGACGGCGAGAGCCGCUUACAUAUAGGAUCUUUUGAAGAGAUCUAUUACAGUUGGCUGGCCGGAGUCGGUCUUUAGGGUUAGAUUACUAUAUUAAUGAAUUACGAAUAUUAUCGUCAUAA